AUGGCCGCCGCCCAGCCCAAGCCCCCCGCGGGGGCGACCGCCCGGCGCCUGGCCCGGGGCUGCUGGUCCGCCCUCUGGGACUACGAGACGCCCAAGGUGAUCGUGGUGAGGAACCGGCGCCUGGGCGUCCUGUACCGCGCCGUGCAGCUGCUCAUCCUGCUCUACUUCGUGUGCCUUCCCGGGGUCGCCUCCGGAGCCGGUGCCGCCCCUGCCCGCAGGUACGUAUUCAUCGUGCAGAAAAGCUACCAGGAGAGCGAGACGGGCCCGGAGAGCUCCAUCAUCACCAAGGUCAAGGGGAUCACCACGUCCGAGCACAAAGUGUGGGACGUGGAGGAGUAUGUGAAGCCCCCGGAGGGGGGCAGCGUGUUCAGCAUCAUCACCAGGGUCGAGGCCACCCACUCCCAGACCCAGGGAACCUGCCCCGAGAGCAUAAAGGUCCACAAUGCCACCUGCCUCUCCGACGCCGACUGUGUGACUGGGGAGCUGGACAUGCUGGGAAACGGCCUGCGGACCGGGCGCUGUGUGCCCUAUUACCAGGGGCCCUCCAAGACCUGCGAGGUGUUCGGCUGGUGCCCGGUGGAAGAUGGGGCCUCCGUCAGCCAAUUUCUGGGUACCAUGGCCCCAAAUUUCACCAUCCUCAUCAAGAACAGCAUCCACUACCCCAAAUUCCACUUCUCCAAGGGCAACAUCGCGGACCGCACAGACGGGUACCUGAAGCGCUGCACGUUCCACGAGGCCUCCGACCUCUACUGCCCCAUCUUCAAGCUGGGCUUUAUUGUCGAAAAGGCUGGGGAGAGCUUCGCGGAGCUCGCAUACAAGGGUGGUGUCAUCGGGGUCAUUAUCAACUGGGACUGUGACCUGGACCUGCCCGCGUCGGAGUGUAACCCCAAGUACUCCUUCCGGAGGCUUGACCCCAAGCACGUGCCUGCCUCGUCAGGCUACAACUUCAGGCCUUCCCAUUCCAGGUUUGCCAAGUACUACAAGAUCAAUGGUACCACCACCCGCACGCUCAUCAAGGCCUACGGGAUCCGCAUUGACGUCAUCGUGCAUGGACAGGUGACUGCACCUGCUGGGGCUGUGGCCAGCCCUGCUAGCCUGUGUCAUCUCAGCUCCUCAGGCCCCACCCCUCCCUCCAGCUCCAUCAGGCAUCAGACAUCUGACCACAACCCUCGUUCUCCCCAGGCCGGGAAAUUCAGCCUGAUUCCCACCAUUAUUAAUCUGGCCACAGCUCUAACUUCCGUCGGGGUGGGCUCCUUCCUGUGCGACUGGAUCUUGCUAACAUUCAUGAACAAAAACAAGGUCUACAGCCAUAAGAAAUUUGACAAGGUGUGUACGCCGAGCCGCCCCUCAGGUAGCUGGCCUGUGACCCUUGCCCGUGUUUUGGGCCAGGCCCCACCCCAACCCGGCCACUGCUCCGAGGACCAGCACCCCAGCCCUCCAUCAGGCCAGGAGGGCCAACAAGGGGCAGAGUGUGGCCCAGCCUUCCCACCCCUGCGGCCUUGCCCCAUCUCUGCCCCAUCUGAGCAGAUCACUCCUGCCUCCGAGCCUGCCCCACAAGCCUCCACACCCACAGACCCCAAAGGUUUGGCCCAACUCUGAGCUCCUUCCCGUCACACUGGACUGCAGACCCGGCCUGGUGGGGCCAGAGACAGUCCCUGGCUAGGGACCCUGCACAGUAGACAUGGGUACCUCAGUAGCAGGGCAUCUCCACGAAAACUGGGCACCAUAGGGUCCCUGUGCAAGGGCUGGGGGCACGCUCUGGCCCCAGGCUUUGCCCCACCCUGGCAUACCAGCCCGACACCUCCUCCCCAGCUGGCCCCUACAGGGCUGCUCACUUCCCAUCACCUCACAGCCACCUGGAACCCAAGCCAGCUAAGCUCUGAGGGGCUCUGCUCCUGGUCUUGGGCCCUGGGAACCCUCACCCCACCCCACCCCACCGGUGUAACCUCGAAUCUGCCCAGACUCUUCCCUUACAAGUCACAACAUACUCAGUCCAAUAAACCUGUGAGCAGAACCUUCUGGCCUCAUUCCUUGCGGAGAAGCAUCACGACCCUAUGAAUAUGGGAGGCCAGGCCCUGCUGGCCUGGAGCUGGGCUGCAGUGACCUUUAUAUGAGUCAUCUCCCCUCUAAGCAGCCUGGGAGUGUGCAGGGCACGUCUGCCCGCCCCAUGACCCUCGGUCCCCACAGCCAGCCGGGCCACGGUCAGGUCUGCCCAGGCUGGGAGCACACCGGGACCCAGGCCACUUCCUCAGUGCACUUACUUCUGACAGGGCCACCCCAGACUCCAAACCAAAGCUGGCUCAUCUCAAAAUGUGGGAGGACAGCAUGACUCAGGAAGAGAGAAAUGGGAGGGAGGCAGGGACAGCUGCACACAAGGAAAACGAAAGCUCAGACUACAGCAGCGCUCAGGCCAGUGUUCAUUCCUGCUCCACGGGUGGGGGCAGGAAUGCCAAUGGGAAGUCAGGCCAGGCCGGGGUGGACGGACACCAGCCUGGGAGCAGCACUAACUGGAUCAGGGCUUGUGGGUAAUCUGGUUACUGCAUCCUUAGAUGCUGCAGUGGCUAGACUGGUGCCCACCACGUGGGGAGAGGAGCCCAGAACUGAGCAUCAUGAAGUCGCCUGUGCCAGUGGCGGAUGGCAUCCUGCCUCUGAAGGGAAACCCAGUCUCAGGAGAGCAACACUACUCCCAAAGGUCAAAGGGCAGAGAAGGGCGGGGAAGACGGCCCUGGUCGGACCUCAAAGCCUGAGUUUGGAGUCCUCACCCCAGCACUGUGUUCAGGUGGCGAGAAUACGUCUUCUCACGGGCCCCAUUUCCCUUGACUGUGGCCUCCCAGCCUGGGGCACCGGCCUCAGGUCACCCCACAGCCUGCACAUGCUGUGUGGCUCACAAAUAUCCAGCUCAUUUUUGGAGAAACUGGCUCUUCUGGUUGAGCUGCUGCUUGGGAACCAGGGCCAGAGCUUCCCAUUUCUGACCCCUCCACCACUGCUCAAAUGCCGCCAGCCCCAGCUGCCUCAGAGUAAACCCAGGCUGGCCGGCACCCGUGGCUGCACCGGGCGACCCCUGGUCUUGCUAGGUGGUCUUCCUGAGGGACGGCUGGCUGUCCCGGCCCCCCUCACUCCUCACUCCCCUGAAGGUUUUCCAGAUUUGCUUCCAGGAAUGAAGCCCAGUCAGCCAGCCUCCCUCCUCCCCUGCUUGCCCUAAUUUGAUUUGAUCUCCACUCUGGAGGCCUCAGCACUCCUCCAUCUGAGCAGGCAUCAGGUUUCUCCAGGCAGGCGGCCCGAG